AUUUUGAGUCAUAUUGUGUCAUUCUGUCAUUUUAAAGUUUUGGCUGGCUAUGGAUUUCCUAGUCCUAGUCCUAAAAAGCGAUCGAUCAAAAGUAAACAAGAAGAUUAUUUAAUUAAACUGACCUGUAUUUUCAUACUUUUAGACUAUUACAAUAAAGGGAGCAUAAUUUUGGGAAAAAUGCGUCAUGUCUUUAAAAAGAAAAUUAUUUACUGUGGUGUCAUUGUCAUAACUUUAAUUAUUUUGCUGCAUCCCGAUAUGAAUGCUCGACGUUCUUACGAGUAUAUCGAGAAAGAAAAUAUUCUAAGUUGCUUACAUGAAGCAACUGCUGUGAACUUUACUAGCACCGCUGUACUUGACUGUGAUUAUAACGAAAUUAUACACGAUGAAACUACUCUGUCCAUUAGUUUAGUUGACGGAGACCUGAUAGAAGGACAUAAAAUUAAGGAAGGUGGAGAAUAUUCUCCUUCUAAUUGUAAACCAAAGUAUAGCACAGCUAUUAUUGUCCCAUACAGGGAUAAAGCUGAACAGUUACGUGGAUUUCUAGUCUACAUGCACACAUACUUUCAUCGCCAACACAUCCAUUACAGAAUAUAUGUUGUAGAACAAGUGGACUCUAGGCCCUUCAACCGAGCCAAGCUCAUGAAUAUUGGGGCAGCAGCUGCUAUGAAAGCAGGCUAUCCUUGCCUCAUACUACAUGAUGUGGACCUUUUGCCUUUGAGGCCGGCUAACUUGUAUGCUUGUACUGAAAGGCCUAGGCAUAUGUCUUCUAGCAUCAACAAGUUUAGUUGAGCACAAAGCAGCAUAAACCAUACAUAAUAUGUAUGUAAUGGACUAAAACAUAACAUUACUUUUGUACAUUGCUCAGAGAAACCAUUUAGUUAAUUUCAUUUAAAAGAUUUGUUUUGCCAUAUUUAAACCUCUUUGGUGGUGCUAUAGCAAUUCUUUCAAAGCAAUUUAAAACUAUUAAUGGUAUGAGCAAUGAGUAUUAUGGUGUGGCUGGUGAAGAUGAUGACCUGUAUUCUAGGUUAGAAGCAAAUGACCUUAAGGUAUGCAGGUUCCAACCAGAAACAAGCCGCUACCAUAUGGUGUCAUCUAAGGCUGAAAAAAGGUUGGAACAACGAAAAAAGGAGUCAAUGUUUUCUAAGGAAAGGAUGGCAACAGAUGGUUUAAACUCAUUAAAAUACACAGAGGUCGCCACUGUCCUUCAUCCACUUUUUACCCAUAUCAUGGUUGACUUGUAGCAUAUCAUUGAAAACUACUAUAAUUACAACCAUUUGAUUAGGUAUUUAAAACUUGUAUAGAA